AUGGAUGGCAUCAUCAAACCUGUACCGCCCUUUAAUAUUUCCGAUUACCUUGGAGAGUACUCCUAUCUGGGGACCACACUACGCCAGGUCAAUAUCGAGCCGCAGCCUUCGCUUGCGGAUGUCAGACGACUGAUAACAGAAUACGCAAUCCUCCCGCUUGGGUGCCAAGUCGUGAGAGAUCGUCUGCCACUCAUCAAGUCAAUUCUAUUGGUCGGGCCUGUUGGUACUGGAAAACGCAGCCUAGUAAAUGCUGUCUGUACAGCAACAGGUGCCAACCUCUUCGAUCUCUCAGCAGACAACUUGAUGGGCAAGUAUCCUGGACGCGAGGGCCUCAAGAUGCUAAUGCAUCUGGUAUUCAAGGUGGCAAAGCUGUUGAAUCCCUCUGUCAUACUUGUGCGUGAUGCGGAUAAAAUGUUCCGAAAGAGGACGCCAAAGACAGAUUUGGUUAGUGAUGCCUUUAUCUGGUCGACCGGGCCAAAUAAGCUAUUAAAGGGGGUCUAUUCAUGCCAGUUUAUGCUAAUUUUUAAUCAUUUUAAAUAUGGAAUUUGGCCACUACAUUGA